GGCCGGACUCAGUGUUACCUCGGCGUGAUCGAAUCCGCAACCGGUUGCCUGCGGUUGCUCUCUCUUUCUCUCGGUGUAGCCCGCACCUGCCUCUCUCUAGCUUCGUCUCUCUUCUGCAAAUCUCUUCCCCUUUUCUCUCUCCAUGCCUUCCUCGCUCCACAGUCCACCGCAAGUGCCAUACUCCCCAGUCUGACUUGAUGCAUGCAACUUGUACAAUUUGUGUGUGCCUGCGUAUCAAGCAUCACACGCUGCCAGAGUAUCAUAUCUCCCCAUAAACCCUGAAACCGAGAGAGAGAGAGAGAGAGAGAGAGAGACAGAGAGAGAGAGAGGCCAUCGCAAGAAGGAAAUGGAAGACAUCGAAGACGUGGUUGCAGGUGGCCCUCCACCCGGGCUUCGCCUGCCCUUGACUGGCGUCGGUAUGAAGCCGAAGAAGCCCAAGGCCCGUAAAAUCCAAGGCCCCCCUCUUCUCACUCCUUCCCCUGAAAUCCCAGGGACACAGACCAUAUACAUGAAGACUUUUGGGUGCUCGCACAACCAGAGUGACAGUGAAUAUAUGGCUGGUCAGCUUUCAGCAUUUGGAUACGCAAUAAGUGAUAAUCCGGAGGAGGCAGACCUUUGGCUAAUUAAUACAUGCACUGUGAAAUCUCCUAGCCAAUCUGCCAUGGAGACUCUAAUAUCAAAAUGUAAAAGUGCCAGAAAGCCACUGGUUGUGGCUGGGUGUGUUCCUCAAGGAAGUAGAGAUUUGAAGGAGCUUGAAGGGGUUAGUAUAAUUGGUGUGCAACAAAUAGACCGCGUGGUUGAAGUGGUGGAAGAGACUUUGAAAGGUCACGAGGUGCGGCUUUUGAAUCGCAAGACAUUGCCAGCACUUGACCUUCCAAAGGUGAGGAAGAAUAAAUUUAUUGAGAUUCUUCCAAUUAAUGUUGGUUGUUUAGGUGCUUGCACUUACUGCAAGACAAAGCAUGCCCGGGGGCAUCUGGGGAGCUACACAGUAAACAGUCUUGUUGAACGUGUAAGAACUGUUAUAUCUGAAGGAGUCAAGGAGAUAUGGUUAAGCAGUGAAGAUACCGGAGCUUAUGGUCGUGAUAUUGGAGUUAAUCUUCCAAAUUUAUUGAAUGCUAUCAUUGCGGAACUUCCCCCUGAUAGAAGUACAAUGCUUCGUGUUGGCAUGACUAAUCCUCCUUUCAUUCUUGAGCACUUGAAAGAGAUCGCCAAAGUUUUAUGCCACCCCUGUGUAUAUUCAUUUCUUCAUGUGCCAGUCCAGUCCGGGAGUGACUCUGUUUUGAGCGCAAUGAAUCGAGAAUACACUGUAAGUGAGUUCAGAACUGUGGUAGAUACUUUGAAUCAACUUGUACCUGAAAUGCAGAUUGCAACUGAUAUAAUUUGUGGAUUCCCUGGCGAAACGGAUGACAAUUUUGCUCAAACUAUCAGUCUUAUCAAGGAGUACAAGUUCCCACAUGUUCAUAUUUCACAGUUUUAUCCUAGACCAGGAACGCCCGCUGCGAGGAUGAAAAAAGUUCCAAGCACAGAGGUGAAGAAGCGUAGUCGUGAAUUGACUUCUAUUUUCGAAUCAUUCACACCAUAUCAAGGAAUGGAAGGUCGGAUAGAGAGGAUAUGGAUAACUGAAAUUGCCACUGAUGGCAUUCACUUGGUGGGCCACACCAAGGGAUAUGUGCAGGUGCUUGUUAUUGCUCCAGAAAGCAUGCUAGGCACUUCAACAGAUGUCAAGAUAACGUCUGUGGGGAGGUGGUCAGUGUUUGGUGAAGUGAUUGAAACUCCCAACCAAAUGAAAGAAGUUUCUCAACAAAUGCGGACUCCCAAAGAAUGCCAUCCAUGCUCUGAUUCUGAUGUGAAUUGUGUAUGCUCAAGAGAGCCGGAACCCUGCGCAUGUGAUGUACAGAGCUGUGGAGGAAAAGGCUGUGAAAAUGGUUGUUGCAAAACUCCUGAUGUUUUUGCAGUGGUGGGAAGUGCUAAUAUCAUGGAUGAUAUGCCUAUAAAAGAUCGAAAUGGUAGAAAGCUCAUCGGGUCAUUAGGAUCACUGAUAUUGAGGAAAGGAAAGAUAAACAGAACGGAGGAGAAGUUGGAGGUGGGCCAUUCCUUGGAAUCCAAAGAGAAGCAAGGGAAUGUAGGCAAAGGUAAGUUGAGUGUUGUCGAUUGGGCUCUGUUAGGUGGAAUGAUUGCUAGUUUAUUGACAAUAAUAGUUCUCCUGUUUCUUUCCAAAUGAAAAAAAAUAAAAAAUGACUGUAUACAUAAUUUCUGGCAACAAUACAUUUGUAUUAAUUUUUUAGGUGGGCCACCACGGUAGUUCGUUUAGUUAUUUAUCAACGAUGUAAACCAUAAGCUGGAAGUUGGACUUCAGAAGCAUCGAGUCUAUACUUAUGUUUUU